AUGGAGCAGCCAUCCCGAACUAUCCUCAUCUACGGGCAGGGAGGCGUCCAGACCGACCUCGACCUCGACUCUCUCGACCAGGAUCAGAUCGCUGAUAUCAUCCCUGACAUGCUCACCGACUAUGCUGUCGAAUGUCGCGAGUGGACAAUCAUCGCGGGAGAGCAUCUGGAAAAGAAGAGGUACCAGAGAGCCUUGGAUUUACUGAAUCGAGGUGUACAUUUCUUUACGAGACCGCAUAUGAGGCGGCCGGAUGCGCUGGUGAAUAUCCAUGCCAUGCUUGCCCAUAUUUAUCUGAAUCUUGCUCGGGAUGCGCCAAAACACAUCCUCCAAAACUCAAAAUAUGACAAGAUCGAUCCUUCUACAAAGACGAAAGAGUUUUAUUUCCGGGAAGCUGCUGCCAAUCUGAACGCGUCAAGCGAAGCCUUGAGGAAUGCCGGAGCAACUGUGGAUGAUGAACCGGUCAGCUUGACUAUGGGACGAAUCAUCCAUCACCUCGCAACUGGCCAACCAUCCCUCGCCCACCCUCUUGUCGAAAGCCUCCUCUCCCGUCAACCCAACAACAUUCCUGCUCUCCUCGCACAUGCUCGUCUACAAUUCGCUCGCCGCUCGCACGAACAGGCUUUGGCGACUUAUCAACAGUUGCUCCGUCUCGCGCCAGAAAUGACGCCUGAUCCUAGAAUUGGACUGGGGCUCUGCUUUUGGCAGCUUGGGGACAAGGAGAAGGCUAGGACGGCGUGGGAAAGGGCUUUGGAGCGUGACACCGGGAGCUGGGUCUGUCUCUUGUUGCUUGGUCUGGCGUCUUUGAACCAGGCGAGAGAGCCAUCCGUCUCGAGGACGGACAGGCUGCAAUACGAGACGCAAGGUGUAGGAUACGUCCAAAAAGCCUUCAAACUUAACAACAAGUCUUCUGCUGCCGCCCACGCUCUUGCCACCGUUUCUGGACACGGAGGACAGAUCCCCUUGGCCUCCAAACUCGCCGAACGCGCCAUCCAAUAUGCCGACAACAAGCGACAUGCAGUUGCCGCCAACGCCGAGCGAGGCAGGCUUGGAUUCGUUGCGGGAGAUGUGGUGGACGCGGGACACUAUAUCGCAGCCCUCAAAGCUGAAGAUCCCGCGGCGGUCAAUGUCGUCGCGGAGCUCACUCUUGGACAGAUUGCGAUCCAAAACGACAAUCUCCGUGAAGCUCUCAACUAUAUCGAACAGACAGCCAAGAAACUGAACGGCCGAGGGCCUCUCGAAUACACCGUCCUCCACGCUUGUCUCUUGGCCUACCCCCAUCCGGGUAUGCCUCAAGAUGAAGUCUUGAAGAACAGGGCUCAGGCGCGAGGAAUGCUGGAAGAGGUGCACAACUUGGUGGCGAGCGCUGAAUCGGAGGAAGACUGGGCAAAGCUGAGGGGUGUGGGUACCGAUGCCGACGUGUUUGUCGACCUUGCCAAGCUGUGGCAAGGAGAAGACGUCGACAAGGCUAUCGGCGCCUACCAGACUGCCUUGUCCAUCAUAUCGGACAAUGAUCUUCAAACCACCUCCACCGAACUUCAGCCUCCCAAUCUCACAGCCCUCCGUCUGUCCGACAACCUCGGUGCCCUGUAUCAUCUCCAGGGCAACGUGGAGACGGCAGAGAGGAUGUACCAGGAGGCUCUGCAAAAGAUUCAGGGUGAAAGCGGCAAGGAGGCAGAAGUGUUGAAGACUGUGUUGGCGUACAACCUUGGACGAGCGUAUGAAGAGGGCGGUGAUAGCUUCAAGGCCGCGGGGUGGUACAGGGACGUACUCAGACAACACCCGGAGCAUGUCGAAUCCAAGGUUCGCCUUGCACUCAUCGCUUCUGCCGCUGGACGUGUUGUCGAUGCGCACACUCUUCUCAAAGAGUGUCUCUUGUCUGACGAAAACAACCUCACCGUCCGAUCCGUCUACACCAAUUUCCUGAUCUCAAUCGGCUCCCACAAAGAAGCCUUCGCCUUCACCUCCUCCACCCUCAAGGUCGAUCGCAAUGACGUUUGGACAUUCUGCGCCUUGGGUUGGCUGCACUUUACUCUUGGUAGAGAAGCCAAGUCAUCCCAGGAGCUUGCAGAGAGGAGUAAACAGUACCUUCGUUCUGCCGAGGCAUACGAGCGAGCUUUGCUCAUAGACCACAAAUGCGCCUUUGCCGCCCAAGGUCUUGCCAUUGCUCUGGUCGAAGACACCCUGGCCCCUCGCGGUACCAACUAUGGUGCUGAGGAAGGCAAGGUACGGGCGAGGAUUGCGGGCAAGGCAUUGGGUGUAUUCUCGAGGAUCCAAGACUCGUUGGCGGAGGGGCCGGUCAGUGUCAACAUUGGACAUUGCUACUUUAUCAGGGGAGAAGAAGAAAAGGCGAUCCAAUCUUAUGGUACCGCAUCCAACGCAUACGGCGGCAAGGACGUCUCUACUCUCCUCUACCUUGCUCGAGCUUGGUACGCCCUCGCUACUCGCACAUCCAACUUUUCUGCCAUGUCCAAAGCCCUCGCCUACUCUCAAACCGCCUUCCACCUCCUCCCUUCUGAUCGCGCCAUCCUUUACAACAUUGCGAUGAUCCAGCAGAAGGCUGCCGAGAUGUUGUUCUCGCUCCCAUGCGAAAAGAGAACGCUGGAAGAGCUGCAAUUGGGGUUGAGGCAAGCGGAGCAUGCGGCCAAAAGCUUUAGGGGACUGGCGGACGACAAGACGAGGCCGUUACCUUACGAUGUUGAUCUCGCGGAUCAACGUGCGAGGUAUGGUGAAGGUCUUUUGAGACGAGCGCCUGGAGAAAUGACCAAGCAAGAGACGUUUGAAGGGGAGGCACUCGCUCGGGUGGAGGAGGCGCGAAAGACGCGUGCGGAAGAGCAUGCCAAGAUCCAAGCUGCCGAAGAGGCUCGCCAGGAGGAGCUUCGCGCCAAGGCGGAAGAGUUGGCGGAGCAGAGAAAGAAGGCGAGGGAAGAGGCUAUGGCAUGGCAAGAAGAGCUCGCCGCGAGACACGCCGAGGAAGAAGCCAAGCGGUUGUCGAAUGCGGAGAAGAGGAAGAGAAAGAAGGAUACCGGUGUCAUUGACAGCGGGGACGAGGAAGGGACCAAGAAGGAGAAGAGGCAGCGCAAGAAGAAGCCUGCAAAGGAAAAGAAGAGAAAGCAGAGGAGCAAGAGCGAAGUAUCUUCUGAUGAGGAGGAAGCAAGUGCAUCGGGAGAGGAGGAGGAGGAGACUGAGGAGUCGAUAGCAAAGAAGGCCAAGAACACUCUGGCUAUGCUCAAGGCGAAGAGAAAGUCUAAGCGAACAGACCCGGAUGAGGAUGAUGACGAGGAUGAGAUCAACCAGGGGCAGUCCAAGAAGGGCAAGCAAUUCAAAUCAAAAGCUUAUAUAUCAGAUUCGGAAGACGAGUCCGACGCUGCGGAGGCCAACGAACCAACACAGGAAGGGUCUGCAAGCCCAGAGAAGAAUGGCGGGAUGGAUGUGGACGAGGAAGAUGAGUAG